UUACCAUGGCAGUGGUUAAAACACGGUUAUUCUCCUGCUCUCGGCGUAUGAUGUUCACUCAGCAUGAUGUUGGUUGCGCGCCGGCUGAGCGCUGAUUGGCUCUCCCGUGUGUAACUCCUGCGUGUGCUCUGUCCCGGGAUGAGACUUUUACCAUCAGCUGUGAGGCGAAGCUGUGAGAAGCUCUCGGAGACGCGUCGCACACCUGCGGCUGGGUGGAAAUAGAUGGAGGUGACUCGCACUCCGCCGAUUGCUUCACCUCCUCUCGUGGCCCACGGGGGAGCGCGCUUGUAAGCUGAUUUGACCGGUCGAUGUGAAUGCCUCUCCGGGAUUAGAGGGCUAUUUGGGUGAACCACGAUGUCCCGCGGCUUGGGCCAGCACUCACGGUUAUUGUUCAUGCGCCGGCGAACGCACGGUGUCCGGUCUCCCCCGGUUCAUCUCCAGUAGCCGUACAGCUCCGCUUCCCGUGUCUCCUCGCUGCUUGGCUCCGGUCUCCUACCCGGUGUGGACAGAAUAAUAUGACUUCCUGGCUACGCACAUACGACAGCGCCUGUCUGUGCCUCCUGCUCUGCUGUUUGGUGGUCGCUUUCAGCGGAGAAUCCUUCAGUGCCGGUGACAGCGUGUGUCGGUCUCCUGGCAUCACCUCUUGUACAGACUGCCUCAGCCGUGGGCCACAGUGCGCCUGGUGUUUCGAAGAGGGCUUUCUAGAUGGGGCGGGGCUAAGUCAGCGCUGUGACUUGCCAGUUAACCUGCUCAGGAGGGGCUGUGCACUGGAGUUCAUGGAGCAGUCAGAGGUUAAGGUGGAGGUCAACGCCACCAUCAGCAGCACACAAGUUUCCCCAAGAGACAUCAGCAUCACCCUCAGACCAGGUUCAGCGGCCAGUUUCAUAGUGUCGGUGAAGCAGCUGGAGCGUUAUCCCGUGGACCUGUACUACCUGGUGGAUGUAUCGGCUUCUAUGCAGGAAAACCUUGAUCAACUGAAGACGGUGGGUGUAGCUCUGUCCCUUCGUAUGACGGAGCACUCCUCAGACCUUUGGCUGGGUUUUGGCUCAUUUGUGGACAAGCCUGUUUCUCCUUACAUCAACGUUCAUCCUUCGAAGAUCCACAAUCCCUGCAGUGAUUUUGAAAUACGCUGUCGACCAGCCCACGGCUUCCACCAUGUCCUUAGCAUGACGAGCAAUAUGAGCGAGUUUACGCGGGUGAUCAAGCGCCAGCGCAUCUCUGGAAACAUGGACACACCUGAAGGAGGACUAGAUGCCAUGCUGCAAGCUGCGGUCUGCCAGAGGGCUGUUGGUUGGAGACCAGAGGCGAAGCGUCUGUUGCUCCUGAUGACCGACCAGCCUUCUCACCUCGCCCUGGAUAGCCGGCUGGCAGGGAUCGUUGUGCCACACGAUGGUCUGUGUCACCUGGAGGACAACGUCUACAAAGGCAGCACCAGGAUGGACCAUCCCAGUUUGGGUCAGUUGUCUGAUAAGCUCCUUGAAAACCAUAUCUACUCCAUCUUUGCUGUGGAAAAGCAGCAAUACCAGUGGUAUGAGGAGCUGAUACAUCUGCUACCUGGCUCCUACCUGGGAAAAUUAGGCCUCUUCCAGGCUCCGAAUCUCAUAGACCUGGUGGUGGAUGCAUACAAGAGGUUGUUAUCAGAGGUGGUGGUGUCUGUGUCGGUGGAGGACAAGGCGGUCAGCAGGUACUGGGUGUCUGUAACUCCUCUCUGCCCCGAUGGAUCCACUGCUGCAGAGCACAGUUGCACGGGGGUGCAGCCCGACCAGACGGUCUACUUCAAUAUCACAAUUGGCCAGCACUCCUGUCCUGAUGACGGUAAAGAUGAAGAUGUGACAGUCAUGGUCCGUCCCGUGGGUUACAACGAAUCCACUGUUGUGAGGAUCCGCUCUAAAUGUCAGUGCACAUGUGGACCGGCGGGACAGUGCCGUGAUGCCAACGCGUCACCAUGCAAACAGACCCAAAAUGGCAACAAUCAGGAGGAGAGGCCGAACUACGGGAUGAUGAAGGACUCGGAUUCAAACAAGAACUGCAAAGCAGAUGGGUCUGAUGUGGUCUGCAGUGGCCGCGGAGUGUGCGAAUGUGGGAAGUGUGUUUGUGAGCAGAGCAGGCUCGGUGCAGUGUACGGGAAAUACUGCGAAUUAGACGACUUCUCCUGCCCUUACGAAGGAGGGCUGCUGUGUGGAAGUCGGGGUGUGUGUGUGCUAGGUGAAUGUGUGUGUGAGGAUGGAUGGACAGGCGAUAGCUGCAACUGUCCCGUCUCCACAGCAACCUGCCAGUCAUCAAAUGGCUUGCUUUGCAGUGGGAGAGGGAAGUGUGUGUGUGGUAAGUGCGUGUGCGACAACCCCCAACACUCCGGAGACUUCUGCGAGCGUUGCCCUGCGUGCCAAAGCACCUGCCAAUCAUACUGGACGUGUGUGGGCUGCCACCUUUCUCAUGGUCUGACCCAAGAAGAGGCGGGACAGUGCAACCACACCUGUGCACCGCUGGUCGGCUACAUGGAUGACAUGUCAGGUCAAGCAGGGGAGACGUGGAUUCACUGCAUGUACAUCAGUAACGACAGCUGUCGCAACAGCUAUCGCUUUCAGACCAGCUCGAAGUCUGGUCAGGCUCAGCUUCUUAUUAGCACAAGACCAGACUGUGUCAGCAGCAGCCUUCGGCUGGUGAGAACUUUCUUGAGCGUGUGCGCCCUGACCGUGUUGUGCGGGCUGGUGGUUGUGGCCGUGUCCCGGCUGUUGCUGCAGAAGAGGCGGUGGUCACCAGGGGGCACUGUUGAAGAUGCAGGGUACCAUUGCACUGGAAAGGAUCUGUCAUACAUUCCUACAACCAAUGAGAAGACUGUCACCUACAGGAGGGACCAUCCACCCGAUCGCCCUGUGGAAAUGCACAUUCAGGUUCCUAAGAUGCCCCUGGGUGACCCCUGGCAAUAAAAGGUCAUAACAAAGGCAGUAGAGACAUAUAGAAGCAAAGCUGGACUCAAGGCUUCUUUUCUGCCUCCUAACCUUCAUAAAACUUCAACCAGCGGUACGUAGUACGUAGAGACUCAAGCGAAGUAAACUAUGAAACCUCCACGGGAUUUUAUUUGUUAAUCGAACUGACCAAACUUUUAUUGACUGUGUGACUGACGCGGCCAGUAUCCUGGGAAUCCUGGAGAUGAAGACGAAGAGCACAAAUUCCCCACCUCUUCUCCUCCUUUUGUAGGAGCAGGGAAGCUACUUCACCUUUACAGGGUGAAAGUUGAUCACUCCGCGCUUUUUAGCCAUGC